AAUGUAUUAGACAGAACAUAUAUUUAAAUUAUUUGAAAUCUUAAAAAUAUUUUCAAGAAAUGCGUUUUUUUAAAUUUUAUUUGGGAUAUUUGAUUUUCUAAGUAAACGAAGGCUCAUAUUGAAGAUUGACUAACCGUAAGGCUUUGUUUUAUGAGAAAGUAUUAUACAUCGUAUUUUAAAUGUCUGGUCUCCUCAAAUGCAGUUUAAUUAAGUUUUGAUAAACAAUUACUAAAUGAUGUUGUCUUCUCAUAUCAUUUUUUGAAAAUGUAAUUAUAUGGGUAUGUUAAAAAUAGAAUAUAAUUCACCAUAUCUAAAAAUAACUUCCUCAAAAUAGGGUAUAUGAAAUCGCAAAUUUACGAUGUUGUCAAGCUGUGUAUGUCACAUAAUGUAUAAAAGAAAUAUCGAUUUAGUAAAUGCUAUUAAGGUGUACGAAAUUUUUAACAAAUUUAACGAAUGAAAAUUUUUAGCAAAUUAAACAAAUCAAGUAAAAGUAGUUUUUUCUUGAUUACUAUUAAUUUAUUACGUCUAGGAACCUAAGAAAUAUGAAAAAUGUAAAAUCCUCAAAGAAAUACUAUUAGGUUAUUGCCAAUUUUGGUUGAAGUUGUUAAAACAAAACGGUUAUCAAAUAAUAAUUUAAUAGCUAUCCACUGUAAAUUUGUUGUGCCAUCAGUUCACACGACACUUCACAGGUUAUUCAACGAAGCCCUCCAAAAACCGGGUGUAGUGGAAGGGUGAGCACUUUCUGUCCCUCUUGUUGCAACAAUCCUACUGCUUAAAUCAAGCUGUCUGUGAUAAGUCGCAUUUAAUGAUGUAAUAAGGUAGGAAAAUGAUUUUGAUAUUUGAUCUUAACAAGUAGAAUUUGUCAGUGGUCAUCGGCAACACAAUUAUUCAAUAAAGUGCAACCGAAGCAUGAUGGUAUCAGUAAAACGUUUGAAAAGAAAACUUCAACUAUACCCUUUAUAAUUCUUGGUUAAAUAGUUUCCUUUUAAGCAACAACUUUCUUUACAAAUUUAUUAUUGGAAAUGCAAGCACUGAAAUAUCGUAUCAACUCGGAGAUAUAUACCCUUGUGCACAACCUGAAUCGAUAAUUUUGUCAUAUAAAAAUAAGAAGAUGUGGUAUAAUUGCCAAUGAGACAAAUCUCCACAAGAGACCAAAUGACAUAUUAGAUAACAACUAUAGGUCACCGUACGGCCUUCAACAAAACACAUACCGCAUAGUCAGCUAUAAAAGGCCCCAAAAUGACAAAUGUUAACCAAUUCAAACGAGAAAACUAACGGCCUGAUUUAUGUACAAAAUAAUGAACGAAAAACAAAUAUGAUAUACAGCAACCAACGACAACCACUGAAUUAUAGGCUCCUGACUUGAGACAGGCACAUACAGAGUUUGGCGGGGUUAAACUAGUUUGAAGGCGCAACCCUCCCUCUAACCGAGAACAGUGGUAUAACAAUACAAGAACAAUAUGUAUUAGUUUCUUUUUUUUGGUUUGCAGUGCUUUAUAUUGUGCUGUUUUAUUUUUCGAUGUCUGUGAUGUUCUACUGGUAUCUGUCACGUCUAACCUAAUGUUCUAGGACACAGUCUUUCCAUUUCAAACUUCGACAUAUGGCCAUAUGUUCUGGCUGCGGAAUGUGAUGGUUUAUGAAUUAAUGUAAUUUAUUAGGGCAAGACAAGAGAAAUAUACCAAUCCGGUUUUGUAUAUUGCCAUAUUAAAGGAUAUGACUCAUCAACGUAUUUUAACAGCAGUAAAACAGUGGAUGUCACUAAGGAUCAGGAUAUUCUAACCUUUACGGAGCAUCUGAGUUUAUUUUCGGUUUUUGAUGUGUACGUUUUGCUCAAUAUUUAGCUUUGUAUGAAGUGUUUUGUAACUGUUGAUUGUCUUUUCGUCUACUUUUUGCCUUGUGUUGUGUUGUAUGUUUUGUAUGGACUUAUGGGCUUUCAUCGCCAUAUAGGUAUCUUCUCCCCCUUUUCCAUAUGUAGGUGCUACUGGAAUGUGGCUAAUAGAAAUGGACAUUGCCAACCGGAAAAAUUAACAAUAUCAUAAAGUUUAGUUCUCAACCGACCUCAACUAAUAAUUUCUAGAUUAAAGCCCAGGUUAAAACAAUUCAAUGUGUUUCGAUUGUAUCUGUUAUUUCCAAUUCCAUUGCAUAUAUGUUAUCACCGUAGUCACCAAACGUUGAACUAUUCAAAGAAAAGACAGCAUCUACAUAGCUUUAAAGUUCGAGAAUAUAUUAUGACCUGUUGUUUUCAUUUUUGUGGACUAGCCCUUUCAAGAAUUCUACCUGAAACGAAAAAUGGACGAAAAAUAGUUGGUUUCAAUGUGAUGGACGAAUGUCUGUAGGAAAUAUGUUACCUAAUAUAAAAAAGCACUAGGUGUCAGUUUUAGAAAACUCUUUUCUUUAGUCAGAGUGUUCUGUUACAAGAUCGUUUUAAUAGAAGCAAAAGACAAGCAAAAUGAUUUCUAUUCUGAAGUAUGUAAUGUUUCAGUUCGUUUAUUUGCAUAUUCGUGCAUGUGCUGACUUGGAACUGUUAACAAAACCUGUGGUCUUUGGAGAAAAUGUGCGACUUGCGUGCACCGCAAAUGAAACUGAAAUUCCACUUGAUAAACCUCACAGUAGAAGCUGGUCAGGUGGACCUUUUAAUAAAGUAUUGUGCAUGAAUGCUGUCUCUGCAGACCUUUCGAAAUAUUAUGAAGUACUUGGAAAAGAUAAAUCUCAAUACAUCCUUGUUAUAAAACAGUUUUCAGAGACUGACAUAGGCUGUGAAUAUAAAUGUAUCGUUGGUGUAGAUGAAACACGAACAAAACUUCAGCUCAACGAGGAGGACUAUGAAUAUAUUCCACCAAAAGAAACUACUACUGUCAUUGCAAGCUUACAGUAUGGACAUUUCAGUGUAAACGUUCAUUUUGCUAAAGUAUGGCCAACACCAGUAUGUGAAAUCAUAUUUGAGGAUGUCAAAUAUGGAAAACUGGCAAAAAUGUCAAAAAGGAAAAAUGGGAAAUUAUAUUCGGUCGACAUUAGUCUAAAACACACCUUAAGAAAGGAAGACUGUACCGGUGAAAUAUUGAUUUCCUGUCAGAUUGGAACAAAACACAUCGAGGUUCAGAGAAAACAUUUUAACACAUGCCCAGUCACUGUUCCACACAAGGAUAAGAAUUUCCUAAACGAUUACGGGCUUAUAGCACUGGUAAUUGCUGUAAUCAUGAUUUUAGUUAUGGUUUUUGUUAUAAUGAUAUCCAUAAUAAUUAAACAAAAAGGCCAUAUCAAGUCCAUCUUCGAUCUCCUAUUUGGAUAUACUGAGACAGCUCGUAUCGAACUACCAUGGAACAAAGAACCAGAUGUGAGAAUUCCUUUGGAGCCCCAACAAGAACAGUCAUCUUGAGUACGGAAGGAAUGAUCAUGUAUUUGUUUAAUAUUGAUACUUUUCAAAUAAAGGAUGUUCGCUCUUCUUGUUUUUGAAUUUUUGCCAGAUAUUUGGAAUCCUCUGGUUUUAUCCAUGUAGUGCCAUUAGAAAUUUUUCCCCGCUAACCCCUACUUUUCUUUUCAUAAUUUGAUUACAAAUAGUUUAAAAAGCCACAUUUGAAAAUGCUAUAAAAUCCUUGUUAUUUUUUUAUAACAUUUUAAAGAAAAAGGGUGCCAGUUUUAAAUAUAUGAAAAGUCUAGAGAUAAUUAUUUCUCGCCAAAUUUUCAAUGGCUUAUAUCUCGUUAAUAAGCACACGGACCCUUCAUUUUUAUCUGCUUUUUUAGUUCCUUUAUUUAUAUAAUAUCAAUUUAUAACAGUCUUUUAAAAAGCUUGUUAUUUUGAAACAGUUUAGCGAACAUCCUAAAGUUUUAAUUUAUAAAUAUUAUAAUGUAUGAUCAGAGGUUCAUGAUGAAAAUCAAAUUUCCAUCUUGGUUCAAAAUAAACAGCUUAUAUUAUGCAGAAUGUUCUUUGUAGCAUAAAUAUAUAAUAUUUGAAUUGAUGUAGAUCAUACUUAGAGUGUAAUAACAUUAACGGUGCCAUUUGACUGUACCAGAUGCGCAUAUUGACAAUAAAUGUUUCUUCAAUGAUGCUGGAGAAUAACUGUGAUGAUAUAUUUGACAAAAGUAAAACACAAAAUUUCAUUUAUCAUUUAAUUAUAAGUAUCAUUAAAGGUACGGGCCCAUAUUAAAAAGGGAGAAAUGGAGAACAAAUAAUUGUGCCCAAUACAGGAUAAAAAAUACCCAUCCCGUAAAAUACAGGGAAUAUAUAUCUGAACAAAAUAAAUAAACGUGGUUUUCACAUGUUGUAUCUUUAGGAAACGUUAUUUUAGUUUUUAUAUUUUAGGGGAUAGCUCAAUCGUUACCUAUCUAACAAUAUGGGCAUGCAAUUAUCAACCUUUAAACUUUCGAAUGAAACGAUGAUUAUUAUAGAUAAAAACAAAUUAUAGAAAUAUUUAAACUGAUUGUAUGAUUUGUCGUUUUCUUAGUGAAUUAUUGUUGGUAUUCGGAUAUACAUGGGGUACGUCAUUUUGGUAUCUGGAGGAUAGCUAUCUCACUGGCAAUCAUACCACAUCAUCACAUUUGUAUAUUCAUGACGCAAAUUUGUGUGACAAAAUAAGUAAAUUAUAUGACUCAUGUGAAUUAUUAUAUAUAUGUUUAUAUGUUAUGCCUAUUUUUGUUCUUUGACAUAUUUUUAUUUGUUAACACAUCAUUAUAUAUACGAAAUUUAGAUUUGAUAUUUUUCAUGCAUUGAUGCUAUUAAUUUUCCCACAAAGAUUUGUUAAAUCAGCAUAAUCAUAACUUAACAUUUUUACAGAAGCAAAUCUAUUUUUUUUCUUUCUGAAACGUCUUUCAUUUUUGUAAAAUUGUCACUCAUCAGUAGACACUUACUGUAAUCGUCUCGUUUCUGACAAAGUCUCUUAUAUAUAUUGUAUGUCUUAGCAAGGUAUCAUUGGGUUAAAGUGAAACACAUAUGACAUUUGGAAUUUGCAUGUAUAUAUCUGACAAUGCUGUUAUUGCUUCGAAUUUUCGAAAAGGGAAAUAACUGGUAUAAAAUCGUCCGAAUUUAAUCAUUUCCCUUCAUAUUAUUUUUUCGGUUUUGCUUCAAUUAAUCUUUUAACAUGAUGUAUAGGUUUAGUAUGCUAUAAUUGCACAAAAAGACAAACAACAGUCUUCAAAACACAGCAUAGAAAAAGACCGAAUAACAAGAACCCCAUAAAAAAAGCAGGAAUGAUCUCGGGCGCUCAAAAAGUUUAAGCAGAUCCUGCUCAACAAAAGUUACCACACCCUUGCAAACAGUAAAAUUGAUAUGAACACUUGAUGAAAGUCCAUCAAAGAGUGAAAAACGUUUGUUAUUUCACUGUGGCUGCUAGUUUAAGGUCCAGGUACAGUAAAAUGGGCUAUUUAACAGAUUUUGGUCAAAAUUUGUAUACAACUAAGACUCGUUAAAAUAUAAAUAAAAAUCAAAAAAAAUAAUGCCAUUAUCACUUAUUUUCUGAAAUAAAACCAAAUGAAUGCUCUCAAAUUAGACUCAGAUGUAUAGAAAGCAAUAACAGCGGCGAAAACGUUCCGAAAUGUGUCUUAAAAUGACCAACUUAGCAAGAACAAAUGCAAAGAUUAAAACAAAAUAAUAUGUUGGUGGUACCUAAAUGUCUGUUCGAUAUGCUAUUUCUCGAAUCAUGUCUUUCACCGGAAAAGAUCGUCAAUUUCGCACGCCUUUAUGACUUCCUUUAUUUACCAGAUAGAAGGCGCACCUGUAUCCCUACUCUAUUAAAGCUUCAGGCACUUUCAGAAACUUGCAGGGUAGUCUAGAGAUAAUGUAUGUUCCGUAAGUACGUAAUCUUAAUUCCCGUACGACUGAAGGGAGGGUGACCAACUUAUUAGAUUUUAAUUUUCCAAAUAUUUUGUGCAGUAUAAGAUCAAACUUUUUCACCUGUUUGCUCAACAUGUGUUGGAAGUGACGAUGCCUUCAUUUUGGUCAUGUGGUGAUGGAAGUCACAUGACAUUUUCAACUAACAACCAUAUCCCGGAACUGGUGUAUUGAAAUAAAAUAUUCAUUGGCCACUGACUUCGUUUUGGGUGUAUUGACCAAUCUAUUACUUAUUUGGUUAUGAAACACACAAAAGGAAAAAGAUUUUUUACAGCUUACCAUACGUUGGUGACCUUAUUUUUAUUUAGCAUCAUUUAAACGGAACUUUGUGUAUCAGCAGUAUAUCAAUUUUAAAGAAAAUUUUAUACACAGGUUAUUGGAGAUUUGAUGAUUUCAAUACAAAUUUAACAACAUUUUUCGCCGAUUUUAGGUGCUUUCUAUACAAAUGGGAAUAUUUUUGAAAGAAUUAAUUCACUAAUAUUUCAGAAAGUAAAAAUGAUAAAUGCAUUAUUUUUUUCGGUUUUCAGUAAAAAGUCAUCGAGCCAAAGUUGUACCUUAUAAUUAUAAUCAUGACAAAUUUACAACAGACAAAAAACAUCAAAUAAGCCAAACGUUAGCGGAAAAUACUUUCGUAAUUAACAAUUAAUCAUUAGCAUGAGAAGGAUGUUUUUGUGACUGGAACUAAUAACACAUAUUUGUAACAAUUAGCGGAAAAAGAAUUUUUAUUACGGAAAUAUACAAUGACAACGUAUCUAUUUGGUAAACAUUAACGGUAAGUAUUGGAUUAAUUGAUAUUUGAAUGAGGCAUCAUGGUUAUCCAAAGAGUCAUUUUUGUCACACAAGUGUUCUGUCUGCUGUAUACUAACACAAAUGGUGACACUUUGUAUAUAAAAGAGGGAUCAAACACGACACUGAUUUGUCCAUUCAAAUCAACAAUUCACAAAGCACAAUGGGUUGGACCAAAAUCUCUAACAGCUUACAGUGAUGGGUCACAUCUAAAGAAUAUACUGACUAAUUAUGAAAAACUACGUAUUACUGGAAACAAUAGAAUUGGAGAAUACAAUUUGGAAAUCAACAACUUUUCAGCUGCAGAUGAAGGACACUACCGUUGUAAUAACAUUAAUGGUUCAUCAGCCGUACAUGUCGACUAUUAUUUAGAAAUUUACAGGUCACCAAGCAAUAUAUCAGUGAUGAAUACUUCGACAGAUGGGCUACUAGAAGUAAAUGAGGGUCAAAGUAACCUGCUAUCAUGUACUGUAGAGAGCGGUAACCCUGCUGAAAAUAUGAUGUGGGUACAUAAUGACUCAAUACUGGUUUUUGGAGGACCUAAAUUUCUUGUGUAUGAAUUUGUUCCUGUGGUUGCCGACCAUUUACAAAUCUAUGUUUGUUUAGCAAACAAUAGUAACACAGAAGCUACAGUUGAAUACCAUGUCCAAAUUUACGUGAAAGAGCUACCAUAUACAACUAUUCAACCUGUUGGUUCUACUGUAAUUGAAGCUGCUAAAGGGAAAGACAUUGUUUUGAAAUGUGAAUAUACAACUAACGUCAAGCCGUAUAACCUGACAUGGAUAUUUAAUAAUGACACUAUUUUGAGUGAAUCUUCAGAUAAAGUUACAUUAAAUGGCACUUUACAUUUAACCAAUUUAAGCAGAAAAAACACAGGGACUUACCGAUGUAACGUUCACAACACAGUAGGGAUAGGGAAUGCUGAAGUAGACGUAUUUGUAACAUAUAAGCCAGAACUUGCUUCAAAUGAUCCUUUCGUUUUUCGCACUGAAAUCGGAAAACCAGCACAUAUUUCAAUUCCGAUAAGAAGUUUUGAAAAACCUACUGCUUCAUGGACUCUAUCAAGUGAAGAAAGUCUUCAAGUAGGUUUAUUGAGUGUUAAAGUAACACAAAGUGACAUGUUUUUCAUUGAGGGGAAGAUAGUUCCAAGUACUCAUCAUCAUUUUGGAAAAUAUGGAAUCAGUGUAAGAAACAGAGUUGGAAGUAUUCACGUAGAAAUAACGCUUACUUAUACAGACCUCCGGGUUUUGACAUCUCCAAGAAGAUACAGUUGCAGCACAGGGAAUUCAACAUCCAUUAAUUGCUUCGUCAAUACGAAUUUAUACACCAAAUGGUCUUGUGUUUGGGAACACUUUUACAAUAAUGAAUUCAUACGGUCUUUGCCAUGUACUGUAAAAGAUGGCGUCUCUCUCUUACGUUUCGAAUUUUGUAACUACAUGGAUACUGGCAUUUAUAAAUGUAUUUUGGAAACACCAACAUGGAAUUUUUCUUCCAACGCAGAACUGUCUGUUAAAGGACCACCAAUAAUAUUGUCAAGCGUAGUUGAAAGACAUAGAAAUAACAUCGUAAUAUCAACAUACUUUGUGUCAUAUUCUCCAGCUAAGGAUAUAUCUUGGUUUUUCAAUAACGGAAAAAAAGAAAGUCACAUUGAAUCAAACUCGACGAUAUAUAAAAUCUUAUCAUCUGUGUCAUCUGCUGAUAUCACAAUUUACGAUAAAAAGGUUCACGUAGAUUGUAUAAAAACAGAUCUGAAAUUGCUCGACUCUCACAGUGUUAAAGAGGGUUGGUUUGUAUGCCUCAUAAGGAACAGAUUUGGUAGUAGGGAAACCGUUUUUAAUACAGCGCACAAUUCUAUGCUUAGAACACUUUUGAAAGAGUCACUUAUGACAACUGAUAGUCACACAGAUAACAUAUUAUACAGUAGUAUGUAUCCAGUGAAUUCGUCUGAAGUAAACGAUGAAGUAAUUGAUUCUGCAAAAGAUAAUUCCACAGUCAUAUUCUUGAUAGGUGGACUGACUGUAUUUGUUGCCUUGGCAUUAGCUGGUGCAAUGUGGCAGUACACAGCAUUUUUGAAAGGAACAACAACCAUUCAAACAGAGAUACAAAUAAGUAAUGGCAUUGCCCUUCAGAAUGUAAGAUGUUCAACGUCAUCGGACGAUAUUUAUGAAGAAAUCUGCAACGAAAACUCUGAAGCAUGUCAACUAUCUAUAUCCGGACAAGAGGUAGAGGAAGAAAUCGACGACAAACGUUUGAAAGUCGCGGGAAACAGUAUAUCUGACCCAUACACAAAUGUUUACGAGGAUUUGAAUGAUGCACCAAAGGAAAGGAAUCAAAACAGUGAAAAUUAUAAAACAAUAAGUUCUGAAAUGCCUAUUCUAGAUCAUUCAGACGAUGAAUAUUACCUAACCCCAGGACCAGCAUAUAUGAUUGUUAUUGACCCUGAUCAAGAAAAGGGAGUAUCAACAUGUGAUACUAGUGGCUCUCAACUAAAUUGAUUUGUUUAAUAUUCGUAACAAUUCAAUGGUCAUCAUAACCGAUAAAAUUACUUAAUCAUUUACCAUAGUUCUUUAGCAAACUUUGUAUUUUUGAUUUAAGAAUGGCAUAUAAUAGAGAUGAGAAAUACAACGAUACACGAUUGGACAUUUGGAUAGUCAUUUCACAACAGCAAAUAGUUAUAACGUCUUAGAAACAUCACAUUAUUAACAUUAGUACUAUUAUUAUUAAUGUUUUUCUUAUUAUUACCAAUACCCUUCUUACUAUUAUCAAUAUUAUUCUUGUUGAUACUAAUAUCCGUCUUAUUAUUAUUAAUAUUAUUCUUAUUAUUACUAAUAUCCUUCUUAUUGUUAUUAAUAUCAUAGUUAUUAUUAUUAAAAUCAAACAAACCGCCACAAUAACGCAACAAAAACAUACUUCUGCGUUUAACCCGGAUAUCGGAAAUAUCCACUGUAGCUGCUUAAUCAAAGAGCUUGGGAGCUCUGAGGGAAAAGACGGCCAUUGUUUCUUUUUUUCCGGGUAUCAAUAUUUAGAGAGAGAAAAAUGCAAGUACAGUUAAGCUAGCCACUGUGAAAUAUUAUGAAUUUCAAUAAGGUGGACGCGGUAAGUUUUUUUUUCUCAUGAGGCAAUGUUAUCUAUACUCCCAAAUAACUAACUUAAUAAAAUGACAACAAGAGUGCA